AUGAGGCAGAAUCCUUUGGCACGGUCCCUUAUAAAUGUAGAGAAAGCAGCAUUAGGUGAAAUAGAAAAAUGGAGCACUGUGGAGGAGCAAGUUCUGAGGCAGAAAUCGAAGGCAUGCUGGAUUGAGUGUGGUGAUGCAAAUACAAAAUAUUUUCAUGUACAAUGGAAGAUCAGAUCCAGUCAAAACAGUAUAACUGCCAUUUAUACAGAUGCAGGUGUGAAGCUAAUAGAAGCCAGACUUGUUGAGCAGGAAUUCAUAACUGUAUUUCAGUCCUUAAUGGGAGAUAGUGCUGGUGAACUACCUUGUGCAAAUACAACUGUAAUAAGGGAAGGACCAUGCUUAACUGUGGAUCAACAAAGAAUAUUGAUUCAAAUGGUGACAAUGGAGGAGAUCACUGAAGCAGUCAAGGAUAUGCCUAAAGAUAAAGCACCAGGGGUUGAUGGAUUUCCUGUGGAAUUCUUUACAAGAAACUGGGAGAUAGUGAAAGAGGAUAUUUUGAAGCUGUUAAGGACUUUUUUAGUGCAAACAGGUUACCUAGUAUGA